CUGCCACCCAUGCUCAUGUGACCAGAGCCAUUCAAGGUUAUGGAUCUUCAGUGGACUGGCCGCUUGGCUUGAGGCGUGUCGUGAAGGCCACUGUGCUCUCAGGAAUAGUGGUUGCUCAGGGACAGCCUCCAGGAGGAAGAGGUACCCAUGUCCCCCAGCAACACAGUGCUGCGUCUCUGGACAGAGGGAGGGGGAAGUGGUCAGAAGAGGAAGUGUGAGAAGUUCCCAUCCAGCCUGUCACCAGUCUUCUCAGUCUUCUCGACAGUGGGCCUCUGGCUGGCCGUGGCCAUGGAGCCUGCAGAGACACCCGUCAAGGAUGGCAUCCUCUACCAGCAACACGUCAAGUUUGGCAAGAAGUCCUGGCGGAAGGUAUGGGCUCUGCUGUACGCAGGAGGCCCAUCAGGGGUGGCCCGGUUGGAAAGCUGGGAUGCCCGGGAUGGAGGCCCGGGGCCAGCAGGUGACCGAGCAGCAGGGCCAGCCCGGCGAGGGGAGCGGCGGGUUAUCCGCCUAGCCGAUUGUGUGUCUGUGGUGCCGGCUGAUGGUGAGAGCUGCCCCCGGGACACCGGUGCCUUCCUGCUCACCACCACCGAGCGUACCCACCUGCUGGCUGCACAGCACCGCCAGUCCUGGAUGGACCCCAUCUGCCAACUGGCCUUCCCGGGCACAGGGGAUUGCUCCUCCGGACCAAGAGAGGCUGAGUGUCCCAAGAGGGGGCUUGUCCCCAUGGAGGAGAACUCCAUCUACUCCUCCUGGCGGGAAGUGAGUGAGUUUCCCGUGGUGGUGCAGAGGACUGAGGCUGCCACCCGAUGCCAGCUGAAGGGGCCCUACCUCCUGGUGCUGGGCCAGGACACCAUCCAGCUGAGGGAGACUUCCAGCCCCCAGGCCCUCUACAGAUGGCCCUACCACUUCCUGCGGAAGUUUGGCUCUGACAAGGGCGUGUUCUCCUUCGAGGCUGGCCGCCGCUGUGACUCCGGUGAGGGCCUCUUCGCCUUUAGCAGCUCACGUGCCCCUGACAUCUGUGGCAUAGUGGCUGCCGCCAUUGCCCGCCAGCGGGAACGGCUACCCGAGCCGGCAGCUCCGAAACCUUGCCCCCUGCCUCGGGCCACUUCCAUGCCUUCCCUGGAGCCCCCUGGAGAGCUUCGGGAGGUGCCUCCAGUGCCUGGGGUUCCCGCUUUCAGGAGUGCAUAUGUCACCGAGCCAGGGCCCCAGAGCCUGCCACUCCUUCUGGACCCCACACCAGAAGAACCAGCUUCUGAGCUCUAUGCCUCAGUGCGCAAGCGGGCCAGUGGGCCCCCAGCUGGCGCUGAGCACCUCUACGAGAACCUGUGCAUGCUGGAGUCCAGCCCAGGGCUGCCCAACGGGAGUUCCAAGGCCCAGGAAGGCCCUUCUGGUGACCGCAGUCCAUUGGUCAGCCCCGUCUACCACAGCAGUGAGGACCUGAACUGGCCUGUCCCAGCUCACAACAGCAGCCUGGAGGCCCAGUACCGGCGGCUGCUAGAACAGGAGCUGGAUGAGGCAGGCAGCGCUAGCCGCUCAGGCCCACAGGCGGGCUUCAAGGCCAAGCUCGUCACACUGCUGAGUCGUGAGCGGAAGAAGGCUUCUGCUCCUGGCGACCGGCCCUAAAACCCUGUGCAGUGGCUGCAGGAGGACAGAGGUACUCUCCCUACCAUAGCGGGAAAGGCACCUGAAAACACACUCCCAGUUCUCUCCUGCCUUCAGGGGCAAAGCAAGCAGUCUGGGAGGACCCAUACCUGCCUACCCUGCCUACCCUCCAGUGUACAGUGUACAGAUCUGCCAAUAAUAAAGCCUUCAGCCCCCUCUGA